ACUGCGCCAUCUCGUUACGUUAGCUCGGCGGCUAGAAGAAAAGCUAGCUCGCUGCUCUUCGGGGCGAACCGCUUGUGCUCAAAAAGGGACGACCUAACAGUAACAGUUUGACAGAUUUUACCGAGAAAGCAAGACAUUUUACUCGUACAGGUCGUGUAUAAAUCGCGAGGGGCGAAGGUGAAGGUCGAGACACCAGCCCAAACUGAUCCCAGCCCACAGUGUCAAACAUCAGACAGACGACAGCCCUGCACACAGACGCUAUGGAUCGUUCACCCACCACCUCUGCCCUCAUGGCCGCCAGCAACGUCACCAACAGGACCGACCCACGCUCCCUCAACUCUCGGGUCUUCAUCGGCAACCUCAACACCCUGCUGGUCACCAAGGGGGACGUGGAGGCCAUCUUCUCCAAAUACGGCAAGAUCGUGGGCUGCUCUGUCCACAAGGGCUACGCCUUCGUUCAGUUCGCCAAUGAGAGGAACGCCCGAGCUGCUGUCAACGGGGAGGACGGGAGGAUGAUUGUCGGACAAGUACUUGACAUCAACCUGGCUGGAGAACCCAAACCUCACCGGUCAAAAACCACCAAACGCUCAGCUGGAGACAUGUACAGCAGUUCCUCAUUUGAACUCGACUACGACUUUCAGAGAGACUAUUACGACAGAAUGUACUCGUACCCGUCCCGCGUUCCCGCUCCCCCUCCCCCCUUGUCGCGGGCCGUGAUCCCGUCCAAGCGCCCGCGGGUCAGCCUGAGCGGAGGAAGCAGCCGGCGAACCAAGAGCAGCUUCUCCUCUUCCUCCAAGAGCAGUCAGCGGACUUCCUCGUCCAGAACAACAGUGAAAGUGGACGAGCUGCAGACCAUCAAGCGGGAGUUGACCCAAAUCAAAAGCAAAGUGGACGACCUGCUGGAGAGCCUUGAGCGCAUGGAGAAGGACCACAGCAAGAAGUCCGAAGCUAAGAGUAUAAAAACGGAGCCAGGAGAGGUGACCUCACCGCCGCACCCAAGCAACAAGAAGGAUGAUGGGAUGAAGAGAGACCGGGAGAGCCAGGAGAUGAACGACUCGGACGAGGAUGACGACGAUGAGGAAGAAGAAGGAGACCUGCUGGAGGAGGAAGAGGUGAAGAGUCAAGAGAGGGAGGAUGAAGAAGAUGAAGAGGAGGAAGGCGAGCAUGUGGAAGGCGACGACGACGAUGGCGACAGUGUCAACGGUGAAGAGGACUCGUAGACACGGACCACACCGGCGCAUGCGGCGUACACACAGCUUCCAGUAGGAACUCGGACUCCUGUUUUAACACUCAUAUUGUAGAUACAAAGCAAACCAGUGGACACACACACACACACACACACACACACACAAAAGCAUGGUGCACACACACACACACAGACACUGUUGUUCUAUUGUCCCGAAAGCCGUUUAAUUUUUUUGGUUUAUUUUGGCCAGUUGUUCAGUAUCACUGUAACAGGAAUAACUAGCUGUAGGUUCCAGUUUGUGUUUUUACUGCGUCGUUACUGGUCUUCAGGAGAAGGCAGAAACAUGGACUGUUAAUGUUCUCAGAGACGACAGCUCGACGGACAUGUCUUAACGCGAGGACUAAAAUCCAGCUACAAAAGACCGUUUUUAGAUUCAAUGUGUUUGUUUUUCCCUCAUCGGUGAGUUUUUGACCUUGUGUGUCUGUAUGUUAAUGUCAGUUUUUUUUAUACUAUUCAGUUUAACUGUAAAGGAAUAAAUUGCAAUAAAAUAUUAAAAUGGAAAACAA